CCUUCAUUCAGGAGAUGGCGCACCGAAAACGCCAUUGUCAAGGGAUGGUUGAUCAAUUCGAUGGACCCUUCCUUGAUUGCCAAUUUUAUCCGAUUCCCAACUGCAAAACAGAUUUGGGAUUCUGCUGCUAUAACCUAUUUUGAUGGGACAGACACGUCUCAAGUCUAUGAUCUCCGACGUCGGGUUACUCGUAUGAAGCAGGCGGGUGGAUCCAUUGAAAAAUACUACAAUGACCUUCAAGGGCUGUGGCGAGAAAUCGAUUUUCGUCGUCCUAACCCGAUGGAGUGUGCUAUUGACAUACAGAAAUACAAUUCCAUUCUACAGGAAGAUCGAGUUUAUACUUUCCUUGAUGGACUAGAUGACAGAUUGGAUAAAACUCGGAGUGAUGUUCUACAAAUCAAACCAUUCCCUACGGUGGAACAGGCCUAUGCAUUUGUCCGUAGGGAAGAGAACAGGCAGACCGUGAUGAUCUCGGGUGCAGAUACUCCUCCAGGAGCAGUUAUGGCAUCCAAAGGGAUCAAAGGCAGCCAUCACCAGAUGCCACCGAAACCUGGAGCUCUUUCCCUAAGCAGCGGGAAAUCCAACUCCUCAUUCAAAACUAAACCACCAUCUGACGCCAUGAAGUGUACCCAUUGCGGCAACUCUAAACACACCCGUGACACCUGCUUCAAACUGCAUGGAUAUCCAGAUUGGUGGAAUGACCUUCAAGCACGGAAAAAACGGGAAAUCAUUGCUAAUGAUAACCACACUGGGAGAGCUGCUGUGGUUACCUGUGAUGCUUCGUUAUCCCUCAUUCCUCAAGCCGAAUCUUCACAUGAUUCAGGAUAUUCUCACCAAGGAGAUAAUUGGGCGUGGUACUAAGAGGGGGGGGGGGUUAUACUACGUGGAUGCCUUCAGUUCGGGAAGAGCAAAUCACAUGCGUCACAAGGUUGGUAACAAGGAGAGGCAGAUUUGGUUAUGGCAUCAUCGACUUGGGCAUCCAUCAUUUGGGUAUUUGAAGCACUUAUUACCUGGGUUAUUUUCAAAUGUAACACAUUUAGAUUUUAAAUGUGAUACUUGUAUCUUAGCCAAAAGUCAUAGGGCUUCUUAUCCCAUGAGCAUGAAUAAAAGUAUGAUUCCUUUUGAUU